GGUCCCCGUCUUCGGCCCAGGAGGCGACAUGGCGAGCGACUCCCCGGCUCGCAGCCUGGAUGAAAUCGACCUCUCGGCUCUGCGGGACCCUGCAGGGAUCUUUGAAUUGGUGGAACUUGUUGGAAAUGGAACAUAUGGACAAGUUUAUAAGGGUCGUCAUGUCAAAACAGGCCAGCUUGCAGCCAUUAAGGUUAUGGAUGUCACAGGGGAUGAAGAGGAAGAAAUCAAGCAAGAAAUUAACAUGCUUAAGAAAUAUUCUCAUCACCGGAAUAUUGCUACAUACUAUGGUGCUUUUAUCAAAAAGAACCCUCCAGGCAUGGAUGACCAGCUUUGGCUGGUGAUGGAGUUUUGUGGCGCUGGUUCUGUCACUGACCUCAUCAAGAACACGAAAGGGAACACUCUGAAGGAGGAGUGGAUCGCAUACAUCUGCAGGGAGAUCUUACGAGGUCUGAGUCACCUGCACCAGCAUAAAGUGAUUCAUCGAGAUAUUAAAGGGCAAAAUGUCUUGCUGACGGAAAAUGCUGAAGUUAAGCUGGUGGACUUUGGUGUCAGUGCUCAGCUUGAUCGAACAGUGGGCAGGAGAAAUACUUUCAUUGGAACACCCUAUUGGAUGGCCCCGGAAGUGAUUGCCUGUGACGAAAACCCAGAUGCCACAUAUGAUUUCAAGAGUGACCUGUGGUCUUUGGGAAUCACCGCCAUCGAGAUGGCAGAAGGUGCUCCCCCUCUCUGUGACAUGCAUCCCAUGCGCGCCCUCUUCCUUAUCCCUCGGAACCCAGCACCUCGGCUGAAAUCAAAGAAGUGGUCAAAAAAAUUUCAGUCAUUUAUUGAGAGCUGCUUGGUGAAGAAUCACAGUCAGAGGCCAGCCACAGAACAACUGAUGAAGCAUCCCUUUAUCCGAGACCAACCUAAUGAGAGGCAGGUCCGUAUCCAGCUCAAGGACCACAUCGACAGGACAAAGAAGAAACGAGGAGAGAAAGAUGAGACAGAGUACGAGUACAGCGGCAGUGAGGAGGAAGAGGAGGAUAACGACUCGGGAGAGCCCAGCUCCAUCCUGAACCUGCCCGGCGAGUCCACUCUGCGGCGGGACUUCCUGAGGCUGCAGCUGGCCAACAAGGAGCGCUCGGAGGCGCUGCGGAGACAGCAGCUGGAGCAGCAGCAGCGGGAGAACGAGGAGCACAAGAGGCAGCUGCUGGCCGAGCGGCAGAAACGCAUCGAGGAGCAGAAGGAGCAGCGCCGGCGGCUGGAGGAGCAACAAAGGCGGGAGAAGGAGCUGAGGAAGCAGCAGGAACGGGAGCAGCGCAGGCUCUACGAGGAGCAGAUCCGCAGGGAGGAGGAGAGGCGGCGGGCUGAGCACGAGCAGGAGUACAUCAGGCGACAGUUAGAGGAGGAGCAAAGACAGUUAGAGAUCUUGCAGCAACAGCUACUGCAUGAACAAGCACUACUUCUGGAAUACAAGCGCAAACAGUUGGAAGAACAGAGACAAGCAGAAAGACUGCAGAGACAACUCAAGCAAGAGCGAGACUAUUUGGUUUCCCUUCAGCAUCAGCGACAAGAACAGCGGCCUGUGGAGAAGAAACCGCUAUACCAUUACAAGGAAGGGAUGAGUCCUAGCGAGAAACCAGCAUGGGCCAAGGAGGUAGAAGAACGAUCGAGACUCAACCGGCAGAGCUCACCUGCCAUGCCUCACAAAGUUGCCAACAGGAUAUCUGACCCCAACCUGCCCCCAAGGUCAGAGUCCUUCAGUAUCAGCGGGGUCCAGCCUGCUCGGACACCCCCCAUGCUCAGACCGGUUGAUCCUCAGAUCCCACAUCUGGUGGCUGUCAAAGCCCAGGGACCUGCUUUGACGGCUUCACAGUCCGUGCACGAGCAGCCCACCAAGGGCCUCUCUGGCUUCCAGGAGGCCCUGAACGUGACCUCCCACCGUGUUGAGAUGCCGCGCCAGAACUCGGAUCCCACCUCUGAAAACCCUCCUCUCCCUACUCGUAUUGAAAAGUUUGACCGAAGCUCUUGGUUACGACAGGAAGAAGACAUUCCACCAAAGGUGCCUCAAAGAACAACUUCAAUAUCUCCAGCAUUAGCCAGAAAGAAUUCUCCUGGAAAUGGUAGUGCUCUAGGACCCAGACUAGGAUCUCAGCCUAUCAGAGCAAGCAACCCUGACCUGAGGAGAACUGAGCCCAUCUUAGAGAGCCCCCUGCAACGGACAAGCAGUGGCAGUUCCUCCAGCUCCAGCACUCCCAGCUCCCAGCCCAGCUCCCAAGGAGGCUCCCAGCCUGGAUCACAAGCAGGCUCCAGUGAACGGACCAGAGUUCGAGCCAACAGUAAGUCAGAGGGCUCACCUGUGCUUCCACAUGAGCCUUCUAAGGUGAAACCAGAAGAAUCCAGGGACAUAACCCGACCUAGUCGACCAGCUAGCUAUAAAAAAGCUAUAGAUGAGGACCUGACGGCAUUAGCCAAAGAAUUAAGAGAACUCCGGAUUGAAGAAACAAAUCGUCCACUGAAGAAGGUGACUGAUUACUCCUCCUCCAGUGAGGAGUCAGAAAGUAGUGAUGAAGAGGAGGAAGAUGGAGAGAGUGAAACCCAUGACGGGACAGUGGCUGUCAGCGACAUACCCAGACUCAUACCAACAGGAGCGCCUGGGAGCACGGAGCAGUACAACGUGGGCAUGGUGAACACCCAUGGGCUGGAGACCUCCCAUGCAGACACUUUCAGCGGCAGUAUUUCAAGAGAAGGAACCUUGAUGAUACGAGAGACUUCUGGAGAGAAGAAGCGAUCUGGCCACAGUGACAGCAAUGGUUUUGCCGGCCACAUCAAUCUCCCCGACUUGGUGCAGCAGAGCCAUUCCCCAGCAGGGACCCCCACCGAGGGUCUGGGACGCAUCACCACCCACUCCCAGGAGAUGGACACUGGGACUGAAUAUGGCAUUGGGAGCAGUACUAAGUCUUCCUUCACCCCCUUUGUGGACCCCAGAGUGUAUCAGACAUCUCCCACUGAUGAAGAUGAAGAAGAUGAAGAGUCAUCAGCUGCAGGAAUCCAGAAGUAUCCAGGGGCCCUAGGAAAAGCUGUUCCUCAGAGAUCUCCAAACUCACCACAUAUUUCUCAAAAGCAAUUUCUGGCUCUCUUUACUAGCGAACUUCUUAGGCAAGAACAGGCCAAGCUGAAUGAAGCGAGAAAGAUUUCUGUGGUCAACGUGAACCCAACGAACAUUAGACCUCAUAGUGACACACCAGAAAUCAGAAAAUACAAGAAACGAUUCAACUCAGAAAUACUUUGUGCAGCGUUGUGGGGUGUAAAUCUCCUGGUGGGAACUGAAAAUGGCCUGAUGCUCUUGGACAGAAGUGGGCAAGGCAAAGUCUAUAAUCUGAUCAAUCGGAGGCGGUUUCAGCAGAUGGAUGUGCUGGAAGGACUGAAUGUCCUUGUGACAAUAUCAGGAAAGAAGAAUAAGCUACGCGUCUACUAUCUCUCUUGGUUAAGAAACAGAAUACUACACAAUGAUCCGGAAGUAGAAAAGAAACAAGGCUGGAUCACAGUUGGGGACUUGGAAGGCUGUAUACAUUACAAAGUUGUUAAAUAUGAAAGGAUCAAAUUCUUGGUGAUUGCCUUAAAGAAUGCUGUGGAGAUAUAUGCAUGGGCCCCUAAACCAUAUCAUAAAUUCAUGGCAUUUAAGUCUUUUGCAGAUCUCCAGCACAAGCCCCUGCUUGUUGAUCUCACUGUAGAAGAAGGUCAAAGAUUAAAGGUUAUAUUUGGUUCACACACUGGUUUCCAUGUAAUUGAUGUUGAUUCAGGAAACUCCUAUGAUAUCUACAUACCAUCUCAUAUUCAGGGCAAUAUCACUCCUCAUGCCAUUGUCAUCUUGCCUAAAACAGAUGGAAUGGAAAUGCUUGUUUGCUAUGAGGAUGAAGGGGUGUAUGUGAACACCUAUGGCCGGAUAACUAAGGAUGUGGUCCUCCAAUGGGGAGAAAUGCCCACGUCUGUGGCCUACAUUCAUUCCAAUCAGAUAAUGGGCUGGGGCGAGAAAGCUAUUGAGAUCCGGUCAGUGGAAACAGGACAUUUGGAUGGAGUAUUUAUGCAUAAGCGAGCUCAAAGGUUAAAGUUUCUAUGUGAAAGAAAUGAUAAGGUAUUUUUUGCAUCCGUGCGAUCUGGAGGAAGUAGCCAAGUGUUUUUCAUGACCCUCAACAGAAAUUCCAUGAUGAACUGGUAACAGAAGAGCACUUGGCACUUAUCUUCAUGGCGUAAUUUCUAAUUUAAAAGAACGUAACUCAUGUGGACUUAUGCCAGUCUAGAGGCAGAAUCAGAAGGCUUGGUUGAACACACAGCUUUCCCCUUUUCCUCUCCCUCCACUCGUCCCAAAACAGUCCAUCUUUCAAUGUUGCAGCCUGGUUGAGAAGGAGAGAAAAAGGUGGCGGAAAUUUCCAGGAGAUCCCCAAGAAUGCUGCGUCUUCUGUGGACAAAGAUGGACCUCGUGCCCUUCGGAGUUAGGGAUAGAAACAAAUAUUGUGUGCUCUUAAAAUUAAGCUGUGUUACGGUGGAAUUUGAGUUUGGGGUUGUUGUGUUUCUCUCAUUUACCUUUUUUUUUCUUUACCCCGUUACUUUGUAAGAAUGGGGAGAGAAUGCGUACUGAGGAAACGAGUUUUUUUUUAAUUCUGUCUGCCUGCUAGCUUUAGGUAUACAAUAUGUUAUAAAAUUUUCAAUUUCAAAUGGUGAGAGACAGCACAGCACAAUAAAUGUACCUUAUCUCCUUACCCUGAAGGCCAUAACUGCAUAAUGGGAUAAUUUUAGAAUUCUUUUGCCUUCGCCAACCCAAAAAAAAGUUGCUUUUUGAUAGCAACUGGCUAAUGAAUUUUUAAAAUGAAAAGAAAAAUACUAGUUUUCCCCUCUUUGGGGAAAUAGAUUUUAAAUGGCUAAACUACUAGCCUUAGACUGAACAAAUUCAACUACCAUUUUUUGAGGCUGGCAGGCCCUAUUUUUAUAUGGCCCUGUUCAUAAUGGAGUGUGUUGAAUGCAAUAGUAGCACCAUUGAACUGAGUUGGCUCUUGCAAUGGAGGGAGUCUCUAACACAGUGUUCCCUCAGCUCUUAUGCGACAGAUCAGGGCCCCCAAAGGAAUGAUAGGUGGGGGUCAGGCAGCAAGAGCAUCUGGGAAACAAGAGAAGUUUGAGAGAGAGGGGCAUUCUUUUUUUUUUUUAAAUGCACAAAGCCUCCCAGCUAAGAGGUCUCUCAGUUUGAACUUAAGUUGGGCUGAGACUAUUAAGUUAUUUCUGGGAACUGGGGAACAGGUAAUGUACAGGCUCUGGUCAUACCCAGCUUUCUCCUGAGGGUGCCACUUUCUCAAGAUGAAAACUGUGACUGAAAACAUAAUAAAUGUUGCUGAGCUACCUGUGUUCUCUCUGGGAUGGUGAGAGAAGGGACUAGACUACUGAACCUGCCCGAGACACUGCAGGUAUCAUUGGUUCCAGGUUUAUAGAACUUGAAAGCAAGGCUUUGGCCAAAAUUCUGAGACCCUAAAUCAUUUAACCUUCCUCUAAAUGACCCAACAUACGGUAAACAACAUUUGUGCAGAAAUAUGUAUGUAUUUAGCUCAGAUUGAUUCGUGUUCUUAUAAAUUCUCACUCAGAUGAUUUGAACUCUUACGUGACUGUCUGGGAAUCUUUUUUUCCAAAGCUACAAGCAUGGCUGCCCAUGGUAUCAAGGUGUUGCAAAAACAAAAUACAAAAACAAAAAACAAAAAACAAAAAAAAAACAAAAACAAAACAAAAAAAAACAAAAAAAAAUGAUCUCUGUGUUGCGCUUCCUGUUUUAACCUACCUCGUUUUGUUUGUUUUUGUUUCACUGUUCAUCACAGCGGUGUUAACUCCAGGAGACAUAUAGAGAGCUCAAUUGGCAAUCUAAAGUGUACUUCGUAUUCUUUGAAAACAAAACAGUAGUUGACCAAAUCAUUCUUUAAAAACUGGGAAAAAAUGUUUCCAGUAACCACAAAAAUCUAAAGUGUUUUGUGUCUGAAGAAAAUAUUCACUUUGAAAUACUAUGGAUUUUUUUUCAAAUCUAUGAUCUUGCCUAAAUACAAAUGCAGCAAAUGUAAUAUUAAUGAGAACGAAACACAAUGUAGGGAAAUGGGGCCAUUCCAAUCCGUUGGUUUGGGCUGGGAGUGGCAGUGGGGGAUGGGACUAAAUAAGACUGUGGGUACUGAAUUCGAAUUUGAUGUGUAUGCCCCUCCCAUAAAGGUGGUUGUCAUUUGCAUUUGUUUUAAGUAGGCAACACUCAGUAAUGGAACUGAGGAAUAUCUUCAGGCAAUCUACCAUGUCCUUGCGGUCCCUCUAGCUCUCAAAAGCAAUGAAACCCUCCUGUUCUCAUUUUUACUGCUGCAGAACUGCUGCUGAACAAUAUGACCUUCGCAAAUUCCAUACCAAAAAAAUUCAGCAAUAACUUUUUGGAUUGAAUUUAGCAACUACUGUAAUUGGAUGUUGAUGUGGACAAAAUAUAUUGUGUGGGUCUCAUCCCCCAAAUGUGAUUGCCACCAGCUCUUUAUAUUGCUGCUGUGGUAUUUUCAACCAGAAGCUUCUUUAAAUUAUGUUGCAAACUGAUCCUUGUUUUCAUGUUUUGUUUUGUUUUGUUUGAAUUUCUAAGUGAUAAGUUCGAAACACACAGCUUUAAAUGAUUUUUUUAUUGUGGGAUUUUGGGUACAGUUAAGAAAUAAAAGGGAAUCAUUGUGUUUAAACAUAAGGUAGUUUGUGAAUGUAUUUUUUAAAAUCUAGAUUCAUUGAAACAAAAAAUCAUAAAACAAUAUUAAUACAGUCUUGUUUACAGUAUGUACAGUGACAUAACAUAGAACAUGAGCUUUUCUGGUGCCAACAACAAUAAAACACAGACGUUAAACAUCAA